UUCAAGUAAUCGAAUUUUAUACCUUAUAAAUAAAUGAACCGUUUAGAAUAUUUAUAUAUUGGAAUGAUUAUCGCCUAUGCGUCAUGUAAUACACUAUAUGCAUAUUGCACAAAUAUCUAAGCAGUUGUAUUGAAUUAAGCAAUAAAUUGUUAGUAGCCAGUAUAAAAAGAACAUGAACAUAGAUGAACAAAGUAAGAUCCGGAUAUUAUGUUGUAGUGAUUAUGCAAAUCUGACGGGCCAUCACAGGCACGCCCACAGGGCUCGGUCCCCGCCGGCGAGUCCGAAGAAAGUCCAUAUCCGUCUGCAUAGGCAGUCACGAGUUAAUUGCUACACUUUUAAUUAUGGACAAUAUGCUUUUAGCGCUCGCCCACUUGUUCGCCAACGCCUAGGGAGUGAUGGAUUUAACUAACAUUAAAAUGCAACCCUAUUUUUGUAGUAAGUAGUGAAAAUAUUUCAUCUUUAAUAAAUACACGUGAAGAUAGUAUUACGCAUAAAUCAGAAUGAAUGAAUGAAUAAAAUGCAUAAACUAUUGAUGAUAUAAACUUUCAUACAUACAUUAAUGUACUUUACAAGACCGAGUGUCUGCAGAAGGAACUGUAUUAAAUAAAUUGUUUAAUUAUAAUGACUCACAGUGUUUAUGUAACUUUAUAUGUGACGUAAUGGUCACGGAAUAUUAUUUACAAAUUGUAACAUACAUUUUUAACCCUACGUAAUGACUGGCUCAGUUUCAGGACAUAUUAGAUUCGAAAAGCUUAAACUUACGCAAAGCAAUAACUCACUGUGAGGCCGUUUGAAGGUUAAAACAUGACUUUGAAUAUGUUCAAACGGGUUGAUGUGUAUUGUGUAUUAACCUAGAUGAAAAGGUUCAACUAUAUCGGCUGUAUGACGCAGCCAGAUGGAUACUUGCCAAAUACCUGGAAUGCAUCGUCUGGAAGCCAUGGGCUGGAACUCGAUGUUGAGUUGUCCUUUUACAUAUUGACGGCGUCUAUUUAAAGCCACUCUACUAGCUAGAGAAAGUGCACAUAAUAACUGACAUGCUUUAUGAGUUACUCAAAUCCGUUAUGCCUAAACAGACUUGAUAUUCUUUAAAUACUUAUUUUGGAAAUCUCACGAAAGGUUAUGCCAAAUAAGCAUGCGUGUAUGUGACCUUUAUGUUUUCUGUGGCAUUGAAGUUGUUACAAUGUGCUAUUAGCCGUAUUUGUGAAAAAUAUAAUGGACAAGGCACUGUACAAUCUUUAGAACACCCUCUAUAUACACUAAACGAUUGUUAACGACACACGUCUAGCUCUAAAGCGUGGUACGAACCGUAAGAUUGUAAAUAAAUACUUGAUGUGUAAUUAACAAAUGGAUAGUGAAUUUUUAUCAUUUCAAUCAAAUAGCGACCCCGUUUCUGAUCCACCUACCACAGUUCAAUGAACGAUGAUUAACGAUUUCAACUACGAGUACAUGCACAUGUUGGUGCCAACUAAACUGGGAUUAUAGCCUCUGCUUGGCAGACACAUUGGAUAUUAUCGUAUAAAACCCAGGCACGAUUGAAAUGUUUGCCGAUCCGACCUCGUCAGGCGAAGAAAUUUAUCUCACGUCUCUGUGAUGUAUGGCCCAAGAGCCGUUACAUUUCGGUGUUUGACAAUAAUGUACGCAUGUAUUAUACCAACUGUAAGAACUUACAAUAAAGAUAACACCCACUUUUUAUGAGUCGAAUCAUCAUAAAUAUUUAUUUCAUAUCAAAGGUUCUUUGAUGCAUCUAUAAAUUUCAAUAGUGCCGCGAUAAUCUCGUCAUAAAUUGGAUGCUUUCUUAUGACCGACACUUCAAAGGAACGCGUGGGUCCUAAAAGUAAAAUCAGGAGGACACGAUGUUUGAAUUACAAAUGUCUUGUUUGAAUCUCAUUAAAAAUGUUAAGUAAAACGAUGUGCAACGUGUUCUAUGGUUAAACAUGAGAAAGUCUGUAAAGCACGUAUUUGUUUUGCAAUUUUGAUGAAAGUCGUUGCCUGUGGGUAACGACUCCGUGUCGAAAUCCACGCACAAACAAUUAAUGGAGUCACUGUCCGCAGCUCUUUUGUGUCCUUUUCAAUGUCAUCUGGCAUUAGAUUUUGUUAGUUCUCACAGUCGUGAAUUAGCAUGUGGAUAAUAUUAUGUCUAGAUGAAUAUCGCGAUGCGAAAAUACUAAAUAAUAUUGUAUUAUUAUAGCUUGAAUAUAUUGUUUAGUUUGAAACUUGAAUAAGUAAAAUUUACUUGUGCAGUUAAUUGAAGUAACAGGAAUCCCUGAUUCUGUUUAUUUUCGGUGCACAGAAUGCGGGUGCUACGUAAUGCAUGGUGCGCACUGCCGACCUCCGCCCUAACCUCUGUAAACGAUUUAAUUAACUAGCCCCACACGCUUGUCGACGAUAAAAAUAAACCACGUGUACAUUAGAGACCGCGAAUGUAGACGGCGCGUAGCGAGCUCUAUAACCGUGACAAAUUGUGCCCACCCUGUAUAAUGGUAGUGUCGAACCGCCGACAACUAUUUCAAUAGUCCGCCGAGUGAUGACCCUCGCUAAAUCUCUGUACGAUGACCCCACGUGUGGUUACAAUGGUUUUGAAAGUAGGUUUUAUCGUAUGAUCGCUUCGAUACUCAAGAUAAUUUGCACUCGAAGCUUUUUCCAUAGAUAAUGAUAGAAUUUAUUGUUGUAGAAUGUCAGUACUAAAGAUUUAACAUAAUUGUCCAUUGUUCCACUUACAGGUGUUUUGUAAUGUGAAUAAAAUGCUACUGCAGGAAAAAUAUUUCUUUUUAAAAUAGAUGGAACGUUUUAUUGUUGAAUGAACGGUCGCUACGAGGCAGCGAGACUUCUAGCCAUGAGAACUCUUUAUAAAUGGUUCUAUGCCACGCGGAGAAAACGAUGCACGUCAAUAACUUGCUUAUUGUUAUGCGUUUUACCUUCGUUUGUUACUUGAGUUUCCGAGAAUUUAUUUAUAAAGAAAUAAUUUUGUGCACAUAUUUUGAGAUGCGUUGCGACAAUAUAACAUGCAUCAAGAACGGGUUAUUCUACAUGAUGCAACGUUGUUCAUGCAAAACGCAUUGCAUCAAUAAAAAGCGCUUGCAAAAUGUAUACUAUAUGAAAGCAACAAUAACGUUUCAAUUUCCGUCUUCAUGUAUCUUUACCGCCAUACAGACCAUGCACAAUAAUGUGUGUGGUAGUAUAGCAUUUACGGUUGGUAUUCUGCGGAAUAGGCGCGUCCGGCAACAAUAGCUCCGUGUUCCCCAGAGAUUGCAACAGUCAUGCGUCAACGGCAGCUCGACCCGGGGGCCGCUAGCACAAUGAAUAUUAUACCCACAACAUCGCUGCACCGAACUGAUUGCGGUGCAAUAGGACUCUCGUUUCACCGCUCAUUGUUCUAACCAAAACUAUUGUUUCUUUACAGAACAUGUGACUUAAUUCGAAAUGGAAGAAGAAGAUAAAACUUUUGCCGCCGAAACCGGUUCACCGACGAUCGUCACCGAGAACGAUGGCGGUAACGUUCCUGAUAAAGAUACUAAGGUUGAAAGCGAUGCUCUGACAAGCAGUGACUGUACCGUCGUACACAAAGAUGAUCCUGAAACCAAGGACCAAGGCACCAGCCAAAAUGACGAAAGCGGAGUCGUUCCUGACGCGCCGGAGGAAGAACAUCCUCCUGUUGCCAUAUGCAAAGAACAGUUUAUAGAGCAGGAGCCCUGCGAAAUGUACGACGACGCCCGGUCAUUCGGAGACAUGGACAGUCUGCCGGCAGGAGACGAGCUGGUACUCGGCGCCGCCGGCAGCGAUAGCGGAGUGGAGGGGUGCGGACGAGCGCUCAGUAGUGGUGGUGGAUCUAGGUCAUGCGCGUCCAGUGUGGUAUCGUGCGGCUCGGGUUGCGGCUCUGAGAGUUCUUCCUUGGCCGGUGCGCCGCCACGGCCCAGACGCCGCGUUAACGUUAAUGUCGCGGAGCCCAAGCGCUGCUCACCUGUCGGUUCCUCUACGCCUCGACCGGUCACUGCACCGCGCGGGCCCAACUUAGCCACACGCGAACGAGCUCGCAGCCGAGAGAAACCCACACCCCCCGAGAAACCACGUCCACUGACACCGAAGCCACGAAUUAGACCGACCGCCGACCUGCCGAACAUCAUUCGUGAAAGUCCAGCGUUGCGCGCCAAACCGACGAAGACGUCUACAGCCCGUUGCCGCACUCCCAGCUCGCCGAGCGAGGAGAAGAGGUGGCCGGCAAACGGACCGCGAUUAACAGCGACCACCGACGCCGGCGCCGCACGAGUCGCCGCCGACAAGUACGGAACACUACCGCGGCGGCGACGUGAUGCUGAUCCCGAAGGUUCUCCAAAACACGAGGGCACACCGCCCUCUUCGAGGAGACCCACCGUGUCGCGAUCUUCGUCCUCACGGUCCACCAUCAAAACAAGAGUGCGGAUAUAUGCCGAAAAGACUUCGCAGACGGUGCUCGUCGGGACGGACAUCGAGGCAGCGUUCGCCGGCGUCGUGCCCAACAUCGACAGCCGCGUGGAGGUGAGCCGGUGCCACCGCGGCGUGCAGGCGAGCGCGCGGGACGCGGAGGCGGCGCGGCUGGCGGCGGCGCUGGGCGCGGCGCAGGCGGAGGCGGCGCAGGAGCGUGCGCGGCGCGCGCUGGCGGACACGCAGCUGCAGGCGGAGCGCGCCGCGCGCCUGGCCGCGCUCGCCGAGCUCGAGCGCAACUCGCGCCGGCUGCUCGACCUCGCCGGCGCCGGCGCCGGCGGCGCGGGCGGCGGCGCGGACGCGUGCCUGCGCGCGCUGGAGGAGCAGCUGCGCGCGGCCGGCGACCUCGCCGCCCGCCAGCGCGCCGAGAUCGACUCCUUGCGCGACACCUGCAACACGCUGCACGCUGAGGCGCACGGCGCGCGCGCGGCGGCGCGGCUGGCGGAGGCGCGGCUCGCCGAGGCGGAGCGCGAGGCCGCCGAGAUGCAGGACUUCCUCGCCGCCGAGACCGGCGCGCUCAGCGACUCCCUGCGCGACGCGGAGGCCGAACUCACGCGGCUCAAUGCAGACCUCGACAAGAGGCGCGCGGAGUGCCGGCAGCUGGUGCGCAUGUGCGAGCAGCGGCGGCAGGAGGCGCUGGGCUGGGCGGCGCGCGCGCGCGGCGGCGCGGGCUCGGCGGGCGCCGCGCGCGCACUCGACGCGCUCGCGCGCCGUCUGCGCCGCCUCACCGCCGCCGUCGCCGCCGCCUACGCGCUGCCGCCCGACGCGCUGCACCCCACCGUCUACCACAACGACGUCUACAGCAGCCGCAGCGACAGCGGCGAGGCCGCGACGUCGGAGGAGGAGGGACGCGGUGCCCCCUCUGGUGCCUGCGCACGCGCCGCGCCGCCCGACGACCGCUCGCGUAUGUCCGACGACAACGACAACUCCGCUGACCUGCUCGACUCGGAGACGGAGCCGUGUCUCGUCACCGAUCCCGAAUACGCGGAAGAAUGGUGGUCUGGUGCUGAGGGUGCGGGCGCGUGGAGCGGCGACGAACUCUCGCCCGAGCGAGACUUUGCGGGAGAUAUCGAUAAAGAGGGCGAGUCGGCGUCUGCGUCAGAGCGCGAGUCGCUGCGCAACCUGUCGGCCGCCAUCGCGCUGCGGCAGCGCUCGGAGGCGGAGGACGUGGAGCGCGGCUGGCUGCUGCAGCGCGCGCUGGCGCUCGACGCGCGCCUCAGCGAGCUGCUGCUGGCGCUGCGCCUCGCCGCCGCCGCCGCCGCCGCGCAGCGCCACGACGACCCCGACGCCGCGCGCCUCGCGCACGCGCUCAGAGACAGGAUAGACAGCACGGAAAAGAACGCCGCAGACGUGGUGUUGAAAAAACUCGCCGAACUCGACGCGAGUAAGAACUUGAUGGACCACUACAGGCAGAGCGUCGAAACGCUCAAAAAGCGGCCGCCACAGUGCGAUGAACAGGACAACAUAGAAUUUAUCGAGCAGGAGUGUGUGGGCGCGGCUCGCAGUCCCGUGCAGUCGGCCGCGUAGUGUCCGCUCGCUGCACCUCGACAUGAGACUCAACGCCGGUUCGAGUUCCACCCAUCAUUAUACAGCAGCCGUGAAGUGCCAUCGACUCCCGUCCCCACGCAGUCGAUGGAAGCCAAAAUAUGUGACAAAAGUGACAUUCAUCAGUGCAAAACGCCCGUUAGGAUUUUCCAUUUGUGCAGUUCAUGGGAUAGUUGUUAAAUACGCAAACUAAUAAGUGUGAAUCCGUCGUAUUGUCACUCGUCCGAUCCGAAUUCUAGUAGCACUUCGUUAUAGUAAGAAAUGUUUGUUGAUAUGGAAUUGUGUGGACGAGCCGUUUCGUAGGUAGAAAAUGUUAGAUGAAUGUGUCACGUUGUUCGUAGGUAAUGUCACGUGGUUGGAAAUGUUUUGUCGGUAAUAAGUAUGAGUAAUUGAAUUCGAUGGAUCUCGCGCAUAAUUAAACUUUCAAAUGUUACUUAUAUACCGUUUGAAUCCUGUCUAAUCUUACAUAUUAUUUUUAUAUAACUUCCUUCAUUACUUUUAGAAAAUAUUCAUCAUUCCUAAAUGCAUUUAAACAUGUUUUCAACUAUAAAUUUCAGCAUAUUUAUGUGUGCGUGAGUUUUCGGCGCUGGAUCCAGAAUGUCUCCAUUUUAUCGAGUUCUCUAUCGAUAAUGUUUAUUACAUUAAAUUCUUUACGAACAUGAAACUCUUUUUCAUGAUAUUGUAGUGUUGUCACGAGCCCGUCGAGUAAGAAUUUAUCGAUAUGAAAAUGUCGUUAUGUUCCUUUGACUUGCUAGGGUAGGGCCGAGGGUACGUACGCUUUUGACAGUUCACGUGGAGAAGUACUACGAUGACGCACUGUGUUGCCAAAUAUUGAUAAAGAAAGCAUCCUAUAUUUAAUUUUAACGCAAUUAUUACGACGUGAACUGUCCUCAGGGUGCCAUCUCGGCAUGUUGAAGUAUUUUAAGUGCCAUUAGUGCUAGCUAUUGUAAUUACCAUGACGCUGACCUGGGGAUCACAGAGGUCUGUCAUCUCGUAACCAUGACACGCUUUCAUUAACACAUUGUAAGGCACGCAAUCAGGGAUAUUUAUUUUUGUGAUCUAGUCAAUUCGGAGUAUUAUUCCAAUAUACAAAUGUUUGAUCAAAUUUGAUUAUGAUUAACCUGUACAGUUCGUUCGAAUGUAUUUUUUAGUACAUCAGUUUUCUAUUCCGUGUGUUGGAAAUAAUUAUUUUCUGUAUUUAAAUGACAAUCAAAUCUAAACAGAAUGAGUAUAGAUAUAUUAAAUUUCCGCCUGUAUGUUUACGUUCAUGAAAUUGCAAGUGAAAAGGAAUAUUUAAAGAAUGAGACUGAAAUUAUAUUUACGUUUAUUGUAAGUGUUGAGGUUAGAAUACGUUGGCGCUACAGAACAAUGAGGUGACGUGGCUAGAGCAUCGCUAUUGUAAAGUUUAAAUGUAAAUAGUACAAACCAGUUUGCUUCGUCCAUACGCAUCGCUUGCUUCAGGUGCUAACCGUUAGUUUUGUAACGUUAUACUGGAAACCGAAAUGUUUUAACAUCUCACAUCCCACGUCAGUGAAUUUAUUAUAACCAUUAAGCAUGUACUUGGUAUCUUUCAAUUGUAAAAUCACGUUAUGUAAAUACAUAGGGAGUAUGUACAUAGAAAAAUAUAAUGAAAAUCAUGGAAAA